AUGUUCGAGGGACGCCACACUGCAGAUAGGUACAAUCUGCGGUUGCACCGAGCUCGCUCCGUGGUGCUUUCCGGGCCCGAGCUGGUCGAGAUUCGCGCGGCUCAAAGGACCUUCGAGGGAGCCUACAUCCGCACGGCAUUGGGUCAGUUCUCCUUUGCACUUAUUGUGCUCAAGAUCUUUACCGCCGAGUUCUACUCGAUAGGUGCCUUGUUUGCCGUAUAUGGCGCGGGCAUACUGUUCACAAGCCUGUUUCGUCGCCAGCAAGGCAACAAACAGUUCUUCUCCGAAGUAGGCGAAGAUGGACUGCAACGCAAGAAAUUCAGGACGAGCGGCAACGUCGUGUCCGUUCUGACUGCGCUUAGCAUGGCAGCAUACAUCUGCCUGAUGGUGCUCACCCUGAGGUUGGACACGUAA